CCGAAAUUACGACGACCUCAUCUUCCCUCUCAAACCCUAAUCAUAUUUGAUCAGAGACUCUCGCCAGAUAGAGGAGGAGAGGAAGAGGAGGUGCGGCGCAGAAUCGCUUCCGUCCUAUUCCGUCUUAAUCCGCGAAUUGUUGUAUUUUCACACGUUUCGAUCAGUCAGUCGAUUGUGCAGAUCGAUCCCGGUUGAAGAACAUCGGAGGGAUGGAUCAGCAGGUUACGAUUGUGCUCGGCGCGGAUCCCGCCGCCUUCGAGGCAUUGAUCUCUCAGUUGAUGUCGUCGGCGAACGAGCUACGGUCGCAAGCGGAGGCGCUUUUCAAUCUAUGCCGCGACCGCCACCCGGAUGCACUUGCUCUCAAGCUUGCACAGGUUCUGCACUCGUCACAGUCCCUGGAGAUCCGCGCCAUGGCGGCUGUUCUCCUCCGUAAGCAAGUCACCUCGUCGUCUGGAGGGGAUUCGGAGGAGUCGCCGUCUUAUAUCUGGUCACGGCUCUCGCCCGCCACCCAAUCUUCUAUUAAGUCUCUUCUUCUGUCCGCUGUUCAGAGAGAGGAGAUGAAGAGUAUAGCUAAGAAGCUCUGCGAUACUGUCUCUGAGCUUGCUUCUAACCUGCUUCCUGAUGGGACAUGGCCGGAGCUCCUACCUUUCAUGUUCCAGGCCGUGACCUCUGAUUCUCCGCGCCUUCAGGAAUCCGCCUUGCUUAUCUUCUCGCAGCUCGCGCAGUAUAUCGGCGAUAUACUCCUUCCCCACCUCCCUACGCUUCACUCGGUCUUCCUCAACUCGUUAUCCAAUUCUGUGUCGCCGGAUGUACGCAUCGCUGCGCUUGGGGCAUCGAUCAACUUUGUCCAGUGCCUUGAAUCUACUGCAGACCGUGAGCGUUUCCAGGACCUCCUUCCCGCCAUGAUGCGAACACUUACGGAGGCGCUCAAUUCUGGAAACGAGGCCACUGCCCAGGAGGCCCUUGAGCUCCUUAUCGAGCUUGCAGGCACGGAGCCACGGUUUCUGAGGCGCCAGCUAGCUGAUGUGGUUGGUUCUAUGCUUCAGAUUGCUGAAGCCGAUCGCUUGGAGGAAGGGACCAGGCAUCUUGCGGUUGAGUUCGUGAUUACUCUUGCUGAAGCCCGUGAGAGAGCCCCGGGGAUGAUGAGAAGGCUGCCCCAAUUCAUUGGGAGCCUCUUUGCUGUGCUUAUGAAGAUGUUGCUUGACAUUGAGGAUGACCCCGCUUGGCAUGGUGCCGAAACUGAGGACGAGGAUGCUGGAGAGACGAGUAACUACAGUGUGGCACAAGAGUGCCUUGAUCGGCUAUCUAUUGCCCUGGGAGGGAACACCAUUGUUCCGGUUGCCUCUGAGUUGCUUCCGCAAUACUUAGCAGCCCCAGAAUGGCAGAAACGUCAUGCAGCACUAAUUACUUUUGCACAGAUUGCAGAAGGGUGUUCCAAGGUCAUGGUUAAAAACUUGGAGCAGGUCGUCUCUAUGGUUCUAAGCUCUUUUAGAGAUCCUCAUCCUCGUGUACGCUGGGCAGCUAUAAAUGCUAUUGGACAGUUGUCCACUGAUUUGGGUCCUGAUCUUCAAGUCCAUUAUCACCAGCAAGUGCUUCCAGCUCUAGCCUCUGCUAUGGAUGAUUUUCAGAAUCCCCGAGUCCAGGCACACGCUGCUUCAGCUGUACUCAAUUUCACUGAGAGCUGCACGCCUGAUACUUUAUCACCUUACCUGGAUGGCAUUGUCAGCAAACUGCUUGUAUUGCUUCAGAAUGGGAAGCAGAUGGUGCAAGAAGGAGCAUUGACAGCUUUAGCAUCAGUUGCUGAUUCAUCUCAGGAACACUUCCAAAAAUAUUAUGAUGCUGUCAUGCCGUAUCUUAAAGCUAUUUUGAUGAAUGCCACUGACAAAUCAAAUAGAAUGUUGCGUGCCAAAUCCAUGGAGUGCAUCAGUUUGGUUGGAAUGGCCGUGGGUAAGGAUAAAUUUAGGGAUGAUGCUAAGCAGGUAAUGGAAGUACUGAUGACGUUGCAAGGUUCACAGUUGGAAAGCGAUGAUCCUAUAACAAGUUACAUACUUCAGGCAUGGGCCAGGCUCUGCAAGUGUCUAGGUCAAGAUUUUCUUCCAUACAUGAAUGUUGUCAUGCCUCCAUUGCUUAAAUCUGCUCAGCUAAAACCUGAUGUUACCAUAACAUCAGCAGACACAGAUGAGGAAGUAGAAGAUUCAGAUGAUGACAGCAUAGAGACGAUUACCCUUGGGGAUAAAAGGAUUGGGAUCAGAACUAGCGUGUUGGAGGAAAAGGCUACGGCAUGUAACAUGCUUGGUUGUUAUGCUGAUGAGCUCAAGGAGGGUUUCUUUCCAUGGAUUGAUCAGGUUGCUCCCACAUUGGUCCCCCUUCUCAAAUUUUAUUUUCAUGAAGAAGUUAGGAAGGCUGCUGUAUCAGCUAUGCCAGAGCUUUUGAGAUCAGCAAAGUUAGCAGUAGAGAAGGGGCAAGCAUCUGGUCGUGAUGAGUCCUAUGUUAAGCAGCUGUCAGAUUACAUAAUUCCAGCUUUAGUGGAAGCUCUUCACAAGGAACCCGAGGUUGAAAUAUGUGCAUCUAUGUUGGAUUCAUUGAAUGAAUGUGCAGAGCUUGCCGGGCAGCUUCUUAGUGAGGGCCAGGUUCGAUCCAUUGUGGAUGAACUCAAACAUGUGAUAACCGCAAGCUCCACAAGGAAACGAGAAAGAGCUGAGAGGACAAAAGCAGAGGAUUUUGAUGCUGAUGAGGGGGAUCUGCUCAAAGAAGAAAAUGAGCAGGAAGAGGAAGUUUUUAAUCAGGUUGGUGACUGUUUGGGCACGUUGAUUAAAACCUUUAAAGCUUCUUUCCUGCCAUUCUUUGACGAGAUUUCAAUUUAUGUAACAGCAAUGCUGGGCAAGGAUAAAACUCCUGAGGAAAGAAGAAUAGCCAUUUGUAUUUUCGACGAUGUUGCUGAACAAUGUCAAGAAGCAGCCCUGAAAUACUAUGUUACUUACGUGCCAUUCUUACUAGAAGCCUGUAACGAUGAAAAUUCAGAUGUUAGACAGGCUGCAGUUUAUGGUAUUGGUGUUUGUGCUGAGUUUGGUGGUUCUGUCUUUAGACCUCUUGUUGGAGAAGCUCUCUCCCGGUUAAAUAAUGUAAUACGGCAUCCUAAUGCUCAGCAUUCCGACAAUAUAAUGGCAUAUGACAAUGCUGUUUCGGCUCUAGGAAAACUAUGCCAGUUUCAUCGUGAUAGCAUUGAUGCAGCUCAGGUUGUUCCUUCUUGGUUAAGCUGCUUGCCAAUAAAAGGCGAUCUUAUUGAGGCUAAGCUAGUGCAUGAGCAGCUUUGUAUGAUGGUGGAAAGGUCGGAUGGAGAACUCUUGGGUCCUAACAAUCAAUAUUUGCCCAAAAUUGUUUCGGUAUUUGCGGAGGUUUUAUGUGCUGGGAAGGAUUUAGCCACAGAGCAGACAGCCAGCAGAAUGGUGAAUCUAUUACGGCAGCUCCAGCAAACUCUGCCGCCGGCAGUUCUCGCCUCGACCUGGUCCGCCUUGCAUCCGCAGCAGCAGCUCGCGCUACAAUCCGUCCUGUCCACGUAGUAGCUGUUUCGGCACGGGCACGUAUUCUUCGUCGAGGAAAAUUGGAUCGAUACCGUUCAAUCGUUUGCUCCCACCCAAUAUUUUUAUGUCAAUCAUUUCUUUUGCAUGGAUUGCAGGUGCAAUCAGCAGCUGCUCUGUUGUGGUGCUCGUUUUAGAGCAGAAGCAUGAGAGUCUCUCGUCUCUGGUUGGGGCUUGUGUUGUACCAUGUGCAUAAUAGGGGUGAUAGGAAAUAUCACCUUCUGUCCUAAGCAUGCUUAGUGCGAAGGGGAGUUUAUUUUUAUUUUUAUUUUUAUUUUUAUUUU